GCUACACAUAUUGUAUUACGCUGAAUUGAAUUUAGGUGGCUUACGUAAUAUUACCGCCGCACACACCCACCACUGCCGGGCAGUAUAUUAUGGUGCAGAGGGACGCAGAGGCAGAUAGAAGAGACUGUGCCCAUCUAAACUAUUAUUUACCAUGGCUCCUGUGAAGCUCGACAGCGAAGGUAAGCAGCCUACAUUAUAUUGUUGGAUUGUCGACUGGAUAUUGUCGUCUGUUUAUUGUGGAGAGAAACACUUCCUAUUAUUCACCUGCUAAUGGUUCCGCCGCGCUUGUAUUAUAAACAGCAACUGAAGCAAGUGCGCAAAAGAGAAACACUUCACAUAAUCAUCCACUGCACAUUUCGCAUGUUUUCUCAUAACAAUGGACGAUCAGAUCGGGUGUUUUAUUUUGGACUGUCUGUGCAGAGCACACCCCCGUGGGACACAGAUGGAGACCGCGUGUGUCGGCAGAACGUGCUGUCCAACCCACUCAACUGCGAUAGAGCUGCAUCCGUUCCUACAAAAACCACUUAAAUCUUAUUAAAUGAUUAGUUUCCGAGUAUUAUAUUCAAUAAGCGAAAACCAGUGCAUGUGACGAAUUAAGAAAAAUACUGAAAAAUACUUUCAUAGAGACUGAAACUUUUACUUUGCAUGAAUUUGGACCCUUCCUCUCUAGUUUAGCAGCCAAAUUUGCGUGUUAUGCUUAGCAUUUCUAAUCUACUAUGUUGAAACGCUUAAAUUGUGGUUACCGUGUCAAGUAAUGUAACACUGUGAAUGGGAUGCAUCGGAAAGUACACGCCCCCAUCUGCGGUCGGGACAUAAAGGGUUAAUUUCCUACAGACUACACAUAGAGUUGUUGAUCCUGCCAAACACAUCCAGUGAAAAGCAGCAAAACCUUUUAGAAACACUUAAAGGUAAACAACGCCUGCCACCAUCAAGCCACAUUCAUUUUAAUAGAGGUCUACUUUAUAUAUAAAAGAUGUUUAUCAUUGUCCCUUCUUUAGGAUGCAGGUCCUUGUAGGUCUUGCCAUAGGCCUGUAUUUUGGCGUUGUGGUAGGAACUUCGUCUGUUCCCUCAGGUAUGUUCUCAGAAAAAAAGGUUUACUCUGCUUUUAGAAGGACUUACUGUUUUGUUUGUUAAAAAAAAAACAAGACUGUCUCACUCAAAACAGGGACAUGAAUCAUAAAUGACCCAUGAAUCUAUGUGUAGGUGGGAAGAGGAUUAAAAAAAAAAAAACAUGCAACAGAAUAACAGCAUGGGCGGGCAUUGGGGGGCCGUGCCCGCCCACCGAGUCAGCUGUGCCCGCCCUGGACUUAAAGCAAAAUUUUCUAUUAAUUUGAUUUGGGGUUUGUUUUUUCUGUCGGAGUAGUCGUCUUCAGUUAAUCCCAUCUAUCUUGACAUGUCAAUCAAUCCAACCAAUCCAAUCGAUCGAAGGCAACGUGUUAGCCAAUUACAGGAAAAGGGGGGUGGGCCGUUUACCGAGUUAAAGUUCGAAUACUCAUACAUGUAAUUGGCGCGGCGGAAGGUGGACUCACCAGUAUAUAAAGAUAUAAGAGGUUUUUUUUGCUCGUCGACGAAAAUAACAUGCUGUGCCAGUCAUGCAGCGUUAAAUGUGUAUACCAUAGAAAUACCUGAUCGUUGUUUAAAGACGUGCCCGUAAAGCACUGGGAGAAGAUGGUGGAGACACUUGACAGCUUGACAAGAUCGCUGUCCUUCAGACCCCCAGUACUGAUGGACGGCAUACCGUAGAGUCUUGGUCGACCAUUGAAAAUGUUUAAUUUUCAUGUAAGAUAUUAAACAGUACUCAAUUAAUUGUUCAAAAAGGAAUUUGAUUGGGAUGGACAUUGGAUAACUGGAAAUGCCCAUCCCUAAUUUCAGCAGCACAUGCAACAUAACGUGUGAAAAUUUUCCCCUUCACUGUUGAUGGAGACUUCAUGAAAAUUUCCAGAGCAUUCAACUUCACCUUUGUUCUUCUCUCAAAAAUAAGUAACUCUUCAGAACAAAACACCGUGCUGGAGUUUGUGUUGAAGAGGGCGAGGGAAAAAGAGAGUCGACUGUUGGUGGUAAAUUAACUCACAUGGUUUUGUCAGUGUAGGAAUGUGCCAGAAAUAGCACACAUCCUUCAGUUUCACUCCAUGGCAGUUCACUCCAUUAUCUGAUCUACAUCAUUUUGAAGAGGAAGAUAUUAUUUAGGUUUGUGUUUUGACAGAUGGCACCGUGUCUUGUAAAAAUGGGAAGGCCAAAGACUGCGCCGCCCCAGUCAGAAAGGGGCUAGAGUCGAUUGCCCCUCUGGUCACCUCUGUAGAAGAGACACCUGAGCCCAUCUCCACUGAAGUCCACGGCACCAUUCCUUCCUGGAUCAAGGGAAACCUGCUCCGCAAUGGCCCAGGGAAGUUUGAGUUUGGGAACACACAGUGAGUGCACCUCUGUACAUUCCUGCAUGAGACAGAAACAAAUUAAAAACAUUUCUAAUCACAUUAACUAACAACUUAGUGUCUUUAUUUCAACACAGAUACAACCACUGGUUUGAUGGGAUGGCCAUGCUGCAUCGGUUUAAGAUCGUUGAUGGCAAAGUGACCUACAUGAGCCGAUUCUUGCGCAGUGACGCCUUCAAGAAAAACAGUGAGAGCGAUCGCAUCGUGAUGUCGGAGUUUGGUACCCUCGCCAUGCCUGACCCCUGUAAGAACAUUUUCCAGCGCUUUCUGUCCCGUUUUGUGAUGAUCGGUGAGUAUAAAAAAAUGAGGCUCAUUGCAACAGCUGUAAUUUGAUUAGCUGAUUCAUUGUGCAAUAAUGUUGUCGUAAUUUAUUCCGGUCAGCCUCUGAGGUAUAAAUGUAACUGCAAACGCUGACCUGUGACACAGUGGGACUGGCCAAGCUAAAUGAAGAGCAGAUGGGGGGGCAGGGCAGCUGGUGAAAAAGUCAAUACAAGAUUAAAAAAAAGAGAAAUUUAAAUUACUGGUUGUGCAAACUUUGUCUUGUUCCAUCUGUGUUAAGGCCUUGGUCAGAGCCUCUUGGGUAAACAGUAUUAUGUAAGCUCUGUGCACCCAAAGCUUACAUAAGUGCGUGAACUGGCACAGUAGGGGACCUGAGCGGGGAAGGGGGGGGGCUCUUUUAAAUGUCCAUGACACAAUUCAGUCAAACUACAAGCAGCAAAUUAUAAAGCAGAAGGAUUGACCCAGAUGUCUGUCAAAAGAAGAACAUUUUCCUCCACUGAAAGAUUCAUUAUUCAUCUUUUGUUUUCCUCUCCUAUAGAGCCCACCGACAAUGCAAGUGUGAACUUUGUGAAAUACAAAGGUGACUACUAUGUGAGCACCGAGACAAACUUCAUGCACAGAGUGAACCCUGAAAAUCUGGAAACAUUGGAAAAGGUACGGACAUGAUCCUCAGUGAUUUAUUCCUCUGUAUAUACAUGCAGAAUCUCUUGGCAGGGGCUGCUGGGAGCACAUAUAGCUGUCAGGAGCGGCUGUAAUGCAGUCCAGGUACCUACGGAUUUGAAUCAGACAACCACAAGGCAUACUAUGUCGUAAUACAUAUAAGAUUUCUGCUUAUCAUUUUAAGAUAAAAUGCAGUGGUCGAUGUUGUUUCCACUUCAAAUUUAAGCUAUUAUCUCAAGUUGACUAUAAAAAAGACUAAAAUACCAACAGAAGUCAUGGCCAAGGUGUUUUUAUCCCUCAUUUAAAUAACAUAUGACCACUCCAAAAGUCUGAAAAUUAAAUGUUUCUCCCUGAGACUGAAUUACUGGUGAAAAUAGCAAGAGAUUGUGUAUUUGUAGAUAUUAAUAACAAAGCUGGUUAAUUAAUCUUUUAAUACUUUACAUUAACUGAUGAGAGAUAAAUCAAAAGCUCCAACAAUAACAAAUAAUCUGUCAGCUAUUGCAAAUGCGGGCCUUUUAAAAAGCCUAACUCGUUGAUUGAAAUGAUUGGUUGUCCCACAUCUGUACGUCAGAAUGCGUCUGAAAUAACACAGGCGCUCUCCCAUAGACCUAAAGUGCGUGGGUGGAAUGUUCCACAAGCUAACUACUAAGCUUCUCAGUUAAAUAUACACCAUAAAUCUAAAAAGAGCAGCAGAGAAACAUAGUCUUAUAUGGUGAGCAAAGACACUGUUGCAAUGUGCUCGUCUCCCUUGAGCUUGUUUGUUGGCUUACGGUUUGAAACUCCCAGAAUCUAGCUAACUCAUCAUAGUUUUUCCUCAUCAACUGUUGUCAGUAUCUAAUUAUGUUUUUUGUCCAGGGAUAUCAAUCUCAUCUCUGCUCAAACAGGAGCAUGAGCAGUAAUCAUUCUCUGCUUUGUUUUGUAGGUAGACUGGAGCAAAUUCAUUGCUGUGAAUGGAGCCACUGCCCACCCACACUUUGACCCCGAUGGUACCACCUACAAUAUGGGCAACUCAUAUGGAGGCAAAGGUUGGUCCAUCUGUGCACCACUAGACCACAGAGAGGUGUUACAUUUAUGUCUUUCCUUAAGCUUUCCCAUAGCUCAUCUUGUAUUUAUGAGGUGUCAGUUUAAAUGUGUUUUAAAGCGAUUACAAAGUAUGCUUUUUAUUCAGGGGCUUUGUACAACAUCAUCAGAGUACCUCCAGAGAAGACAGAUGCCAAAGACACCCUUCAAGGAGCCAAAAUACUCUGCUCUAUUGUGCCGUCAGAUAAGAUCCGUCCCUCCUACUACCACAGCUUUGGUGAGUGAGCUCUCCCUGACAGCAUUAGCUCUGUCUGUGUCAUUCAUGCUUCUUCAAAGUAAAUCUUCUCUGCUUCCAGCCAUGUCUGAGAACUACGUGGUGUUCAUUGAGCAGCCAAUCAAGAUGGACCUGCUCAAGAUCAUCACAUGCAAGCUAAGAGGGAAGGCUCUCAGCGAGGGCAUCUUCUGGGAUCCAACUCAGCAGACUGUCUUCCAUCUCGUCAACAAGCGCACUGGCGAGGUCAGCUCCGUGAAGUACCACACCAAAGCCAUCUCCGUCUUCCACCAGAUCAACGCUUUUGAAGAGGAUGGGUUCUUGAUGCUGGACAUGUGCUGCUCCGACGACGGCCAGGCCAUCAACAACUACCUCAUCCAAAACUUACGCAAGUCGGGAGAUGCUUUAGAUGAGGUCAGCACAUAAUGAUUCAAACAUACAUUAAGGGGGAGGGAGAGGAAGUCCGCUGAGAUACGAUUACAGUAAUGUUAUAUAACAUCACAUUCCCCUCUCUGGCCUAAGAGUGAAAUAGGCAUGCUUCAGCAGUAAGCUUACAUAAAUUUAACCACUGCAUUCCUGACACAUCUUUCCCAGGUUUACAACACUCUGAGCCGGGCUUACCCCCGGCGUUUUGUUCUUCCUCUUAAUGUGACCCAUGAAACACCAAUGGACCAAAACCUGAACACUCGACCCAACAGCAAGGCAACCAGCGUGAAAAUCAGCAAAGAUCAGGUGAGUUUGAGAUGUAGAGUGUAUUUUCUAACUUAGAUUUGUAGAUAUAGUUCCCUUUAUAACAAAGAUAGUGGGUCUAGUGUUCCUGGUAAUAGAAUAACUGGAGAAAUCAGCAUCAUCUAAGGGAGGAAGAGGUGGUAACCUAUGUAUUUGUGGAUAUCUAAGCUGAAGGGAUUAGCAUAGAUGCAGCUAUUGAAGAACUGGUUAACUGUCACCUGCAAAUGGUAAGUGAAAUAUGAAUAUAGUUGUUAAAUUCAAGAACAGACAAAUAGUCUUUAAACUGCAAUAUCAUUGAAGCUAACAGUUCACAUACAGUUUAAUCAGCGGAGACUGCAGCGUUCACUGCAUUAUGUUUGUUGUUGGUCUAUAAUGAAUGUGACAGACAGAAUGUUUGUCCAAUCACCUCCUGAGGUUUUUCUUCAGCCUUCUCAAACACCAUCUACAAACAAAAUAUCUUACAUCACGGUUAUGUAAACAGUGCGUCUGGCGUGUCAGAUUAUUCAACCCCUAAACCAAAUAUGAUCUAAGUGUGGGCGCUUUACUCAUUGUAAGAAUCUAUUUUGCAUGUUUUUGCAUAAGUAGCAGAUCUUUGAUGAAAAAAUAAGCCUGUAUGUUACCAGCCCUUACAGGAUUUUGUUGAUCAGUUUGUCAGUUUCUCACAGAAACUGAGAGAGAAUGUCUGCCUUUUACCCUCCUCUUUAAAUAUUUGACCAGCCAGGAAGGUACAGUUGACAUGAGUUUGUUGUUCUAACAAAUUCAAUAAUUCAAGUUCAGAAGGUUUUAUGAAAUCAACAGUAUACGUUUGAUUUAUUUGAGACACAAAACAUCUUAUAUACAAAAGGAUAUCUAAAACUAAAAUUGAAACUGACAGUGAGUCAUAGUCAGAAGUUGUUUCUCUCUGCACUUUUAACAGGUGUUCUGCGAACACGAAAACCUUCAUGGAGAUGACCUGCAUGAUUAUGGCGGCCUGGAGUUCCCUCACAUCAAUUACGGCAAAUAUAACACAAAAACAUACCGGUAUUUCUAUGGCUGUGGCUUCAGACACCUGGUGGGAGACUCUCUGCUCAAGAUGGACCUCAAGGACAAGUCACUGAAGGUGCGUGUGUGUGUGUGGGUAUGGUUAUUGGAUAAGUUAAUCAAAUGUCCACAGGAGACCCCCUGACUACUUUAUUUGUGGACAAGACCAUGAUUCUCUCAAACACAGGUUUAACAAUAAAACUAAUGGUAAUUUCUCUAUGUUUAUGUUUUAAAAAAUCACUUCAUGAAUGCUGUUUGGUUGUCUGAUAGUAAAAUUUAUUAUAUAUUUGACAGUAUCCCACAUGAAAAUCCUGGGAGGUUGAUUCUAGUGCCCUCUAGUGAACAAAGUGGUACCUCUCAUCUCUUUGCUAUUUUUGUCCUGUACAAGUGUAGUUCAUCCUUUAACACAAAAAGUCUCCCCCUGCUCUCUUUGAACAGUCAAAAUUUCCUUUCACUGUAAAUAUUUGCUGUUGAAAAAGUAAAUUUAAAAAAGGCUGUGUCUUUCCUGCAUAAGUUUUAGGCAUACAGUAGUUUCAGACAUUAAAAAUUUUAACACAGGAGAGUCAGUCUUGUUGUUGAUGUUUUAUUGAACUUCUAUAAGCUCAUUAAGAGGUUUUACUGUAAAUUCCAGUCCAUUUCAAAUCAGAGAAAACACCCACACAGAAGCUUAAAGAGAGUUAAAACACACACUCACACACAAAAACAGAAACAAAUCUGCCCUAAUUUCACUCUUGAUAUUUAAAUAGUAAAAGAUAAGGUGCAGAUAUACUGAGCUUUUUUAUAUAAGUUGUUUUUAAACAUGUUGUGUGCUUAAACUCAGGUGUGGUACCAGGAAGGUUUCUACCCAUCAGAGCCGGUGUUCGUGCCUUCACCUGACGCUGUGGAGGAGGAUGAUGGUGUCAUCCUCUCUGUGGUCCUCACCCCCUCACAGGUAAAGCCUGAAGAGGAUAAAAGGUUUAAAAACAAUAGGAGACAAACAGAUUAAAAAACAUAAGAUAAAAGACAAUGUCAGAUUAAGUUGAAAUUUUGGAUCCUGGGUUAUAUCUGUGUUAUAGUAAGCCCUUGUAGACUAUUAAUAUCUGGGUAAGAAGCAACAAGGCCUGUUGCUUUCUCAAGCUCUAAUUUCUUGCAGGUAGGAGGUCUGUAAGUCAGCGUGAGCUUUCUUAAUUUUCUGCCUAGUCUCUCAUCAGUCAGACACAUAAUCCAUCAUGAAUAUUUAUGAAAAAGAACAGUCAUAAAUAUUCAUGAUUUUGAGGGAAUGAACUCUACAUGUAUAUGAGAGCGAUGGAGAAAACUGUGAGCCAAUCUCAAACUCAUGUUUGUGAUGCCAGUUAUAUAAGUAUGUGUAUUAAAUCUAUCCAAGCCUAAAUAACUUCCUCUAAUGAUUAAGCCUGCCUUUAUGAUGAGUAUUAUGCUUUCAUAUUCAUGUAAACCUGAAGGUUCUGCAUAUGGAGGACUUAAACUAAAAUAUUACCCUUUUGAGAAAGGAUUAUAAUAAAGCAAACCAUCUUGGGUGGAUUUGGUUCCUCUCUUCGCCCCCAGCAUGUCUGACAGCUUAAAUCAAAGUUGUGUGACAGCAUGUUAUUAAUCUCCUCAUUUUACAAUGCUGUCUUAUACAACACCUUUCUCCAGCAGAUGCCAAAACGUGUUUGACAAUAACAAACAGAAAAGCAAAAGAAGACAGCUGGAAGAAUGAAACCAAUCAGAUUUCUCAGAAGAAUAAGAGUGUGUUUUGACCAGCAGCAGCUUUUAUAGUCUGUCACUCAGCACAGUGGAGGACUGUGAGAUGAUGCCACCCAAGUACAAAAUAUUUGUUUUACAGCAAAUUUAUUUAUUUUUAAAUCUUUGGACCCCUUGUCUUUUUAUAAUUAUUUUGUCCCUCAAAUAAUCUCAAUAUUGUGUACGUAUGCACUUUUACAAUGAUAGUUUGGAACUUGAGGGCCAUGGGAGCGGCCCGUCCUCAGACAUAUGCCACUCUAAACCACACGGCAGCUGGGUUUUAAAGUAUUUGGUCUAGCUUGAGAUUUAGCCUUGGGUACAAACAGAUAACUUCUGUCUAUACGUCAUACUGUUGAAUAUCUGUAUGAAACAAUUCUAAUUGUAAACUCUUGGUUGGAUUUGAUUGUAACUCUACCUGACUUUUCUUUGCAGGAUAAAGCAACAUUCCUCCUGGUUUUGGAUGCAAAGACGUUUAAAGAGCUGGCCAGAGCUAACGUACCAGUUAACAUGGCUUACGGCUUCCAUGGGACCUUCGACUCAAGUGCUUAAAACACUUUAAGUGUUUGUGAUAUUAGCUAUUUACCACAGAAUACAAUGCAGUGUUAAUUCUCAUAACCACUAUAUUCCUGAUGGUACUGACCACAGACUGUAUAUAGAAUGGACGCCUCUGCCUCCUCACUGGUACGAGAACAGCACCCUCUGGUGACAGGCUGCAGUAUAUGUCAUAAAUCCCACCUCCUCUAGCAAACCCUAUGGAGCUGGUCAUCACAGCGACUCUCCCGCCAAAUGCGUACAAUAUUACUGCACAAGUGGUGGUUUCAGAAAGUGGAGAAAAUCUCAGAAAUACCAAGGGUAAUUGGGCUUUAAAGUUGUCCAUAGUAUACAGUCUAUGGUACUGACGUACUGCUGCCUUAUAUGAAACUGAAUGUAGUCCUCUGUCACUGACUUAAAGUCAGUGAGUUUCUUCUCUUGUUUGAUGUCUGGUGUAUCUUAGUAUGAAACUGUGAUGGCAUUUAUCACCAAAUUCAAACUUUUUGUAUGUAUCACUGAAGCUUUAUUCCUUUGGUUUUAAAAUGAAGUUUACAUUCCGUUACAAAGAACGCAUGCCUUGUAAUACUGUGGAUUCUAGGACCCUGACUGCACUAAACAUCAGACCACAAAGUGCCAAAUGACCUUUUUCUUUUGUACUCUCCUUUUUUAACUCAAUGUUUGUGAUGCAGGAUGACUCUUGUCAUUUUCUUGGCAUCAAUCUUUUAUCAUGGACUGGUUAAAGUUGUCCUGUAUCUUCUGUUAAUCCUCACUUCUAUGCACAUGGCGUCACAGCCGAUGUGUGGUGGAGCUGAGGCUUUCUGCUUGUUAAAGGGAAGGUUUUCAUUGCCACCAUUACUUGCAGAAUGCUGCGAAGUGCUCUGCACAUGGUAGGUUAAUGUGUGGAGAUGAUAUAAGAAAAGAUCGCAGCCUAGACCUGCUAUUUUUGUGAAGUGAAAAAAAAGAAAAUCAUAAAUCUGUAAUAAAAAUCGAUUGGCUCAAUA